AGAUUAAAAAGCUCUUCUCCACACCUGUCUUAUAUAUGUAAUCAAAUCAAUGUUGGUUUAGCUGUUUAACCUUAUGAAGUAUUUAAACAUAAAUGUGAUGUGAUUACAAAGUAUUAUUCGAGUCUCGUUUCAUAAUAUAAUUAAUGCUUCGUAUUUAGUGAUCUAAAGUUAAGUGGAAAUUAAACUUCGUCCGCAGGGACUGUUCAUGGUUUUUGCAUCAAUAAGUGGAGAAAAGUCAAUUGGGACGAGGUUUGACAAAUUUUUCAAAUACUGAAAAUAAAGCUUCAUUGCAAUGUUUUGUUACAAAUUCGUCUCCAUACUUGUUUUCGUAUGUUUGAUCAUCUCGCUGAUUGCAUGUUUAAUGGGCACACUUACUCAACAAUGGUGGAUUGGUGAUUUCGAAGCAAUCGUUCCACUUCAAAAUGCUACUCGCAUCCCACAUGGAUAUAAAAUGCAUUUACUGUUUGAUGUGCGAUUUGGUUUAACAGGAGUGUGUUAUCGAGUCAAACAUGCGUUGGUUCAUAAUGAUUCCUUAUCUGAACCUCUCCUAAAAGAAAUGAAGAAAUGUCCAUCAACAGAUUUGCCAGAUAAUCUUGUAUUGCGAAACAUAAUGAAGGAAAACCAAAAGCCAUUCAAGAAUACUUUUAUCUGCUUGAUAUUGUGUUUGAUAUUUAAUGUUCUCGCUCUUAUCUUCGCGUUGAUCAAGCUACCAUGUUUGGCAAUAUCUGGAAAGAGAAUGGUUCUUUUUACCACCCUCAUCCUAGCACUGAUAGCUGCUAUCGUUGGUAUGGCCGCAUUAAUAAUAUCUGAUCAGAAGAUUCACUACAACGCGUCGUUUAUGAAGUUUUUUCUUUCGUCAACACCUCAUUUAGGAGAGGAUGUCACACCAAUGGCUGCCCAGAUAUUACGUCGUGUUUUUGCAAAAGUGAAGACGACGAAUUUGUCUGAUAAUUUCGAAAAGGGAGCUUCGUUCGAUCUUGUCUGCGUCGGUGUGGCGUUUUUGUUGUUAGCCGUUAUUUUAUCACUCGUGGAGCAUUGUUGUGCAAGAAGAUCCGGCGACGACGAGUAUAAAUCCCGACUCAUUGCCGAAGGUUAUUCCUUGCCGGAUAAAAAGCAUGAUAAAUCGGUUUCUAUGUAACGCAAAUUAAAAUUUUUAUCCUAAAGAUUGUAUAAAAGAUUGUUUCUGGCCAUGUAAUUAAAUAUCGCUUUCAGUGGCAGUCCACAUGCCAGUACAUCGCAAUGUUGUUCGUGAACACCAAGAACUAUUUCACGUUCGUGCCCAUGCAACUGUAUCGAACAGAGAGUAGUAACAUUAUAAUAAAAAACUACAAUUUGUACGGUAUGGUAGUUUUCUUGUAGCAAUAUUCAGGCCAGAAAUUUUGGUUCAGGUUCAGCCGUCACUAUUCAUUUUUUUUUAUAUUCAGGGUCAGCUAUAAGCAUUCAAGUUCAGGGGUUUUUUUAUUCUGGCUCAGCUUUUUUAUUAUAUUCAGUUUCAGCAUACAUUCUCGUUCAUCAUUGUUUUUUCAUUAUCUAGUGAAACAUCAUUUUUAUUUUUUUAUAUGCUGGUUAUUAUGCGUUUAGUUCUGGGUUUUUUUAUUGAAAAUUAAGGACCUGAUCUGGUCUAGAUUA